AUGGCAGACAGACUUGUUGGAGGCUUAUCCGACCCCCAACUGGCCACACCUGAAGUUCAGGCCAUCACUAGCCAGGUGAAGAGCCAGUUGGAAGGGAAAACGGACAGCAAGUACUCCACCUUCAAGGCAAUGUUGUUUUGUAGCCAGGUGGUUGCUGGCAUGAACUACUUCAUCAAGGUCCAAAUGGGUGACGGAGAGAGAGACUACGCCCACCUGCGCGUGUUCCAGGCCCUGCCGUGUCACGGGGGCGGAGUUGAGCUCUCUGGCUACCAGCUGGGCAAGACCAAGGAUGACCCCAUCUCCUAUUUCUAGCCACGGA